AUGUCAAGUGCCGGGACUUCCACAGGACUUCAGGGAAAUCGUGAAGCGGAAGGCAGGGCGGUGAGCCCUGCCGAACACGCUCUGGAUGGAAUGGGUUUUCUAGGGAAAAGCUGGAGCUCAAACGAAUAUGGUAGCAGCUGCUCUAGCAGGCGUAAGCGAAGAUGCCUUCAUGGAAAUUUUCCAGCUUACUAUGCCGGGAGACGUGCAUUUGUACGUUCACACAAUUGUAGCCAGCAAAGCUCAGUAUACAUGGACAGGCCGGCAGAUGGUUGCUGUAGACUUAGUGGCGGACCGGCUGCGGAGAUUGAUAUGUGCUCUGCCCCCGUCGGGCCCUCCAACAGCUACGAAACUCAUCUCUGCACCUCAGAGUUGGUACAAGGGCAUGUUGGUAUUCGCGAUAUUGAUCCACGUUUGGAUGCAGUUCUGUCGUCUCUGGGUGGUAUUUUCUUUGAAGGUAAGGAUGUCCUGGACAUAGGGUGUAAUGCGGGGUGCCUUUGCUUAGCCACUGCGGGGUUGCUGCACGCGAGGAGUGUCACGGGUGUGGAUAUCGAUGAGGACUUAGUUGCACUGGCGAACUCCGCGCUUGAAGAACUACGUACAUUGGCUCUGCGCCGCCAUACAGUUCUGUCAUCGUUGACAUGUCAAAAAACUGUAAAGUCCAGUGUUGACCACGAAAGUCCCGAAACUUCCGGGAGUUGUGUUUCAGCUUCGUCGCCGUAUCCAGGCAGCGAAACGAAGCGCACUGACCUGGACACGGGAAACUGCAUCAUUUCAGGGUCUCCAGCGAAGGCCACUAGGAAUCUGGUGAUGACCUCAGCGGUUGGGGAGCGUCUGCCUACAAUUCCAGAUCUUGACAGGGGGUGUAAGGACGAUAAGGGGCUCUCCGGUGCUCCAUAUGGUAUUAGCGAACAUCCAGAAAACCCUGAGAACAAUUCUUUGAAACAAUCAGGAGGGGUAUCAAAGCGAAGUCCGGGAUCGCAUUUUUCACAGGUGUUCGGGCGUCUACUGUGGAACGCCCUGGUGACAGAGGCAACUACUGGAGAGGUGAGAGAGCCUGGUUUGGAAAGCACAAGACUAUCUAAAACCGAGAGGCGAACGAAAGAGGUAUGUGAUGGCCACGUUCCCUCGAAUGUACAGAGUGGCUUCACGGGUAUGGCCACGAGUACUGGCAUUUCGACCCGUGCCACCGAUUCUACUGAACGAGAGGCAGCUUUCCCAUUCAAUGUCUCUUUUCACUCAACUGAUAUCGUCGGUGGCCUGGCCUCACAGACCUCCUCUGCGAUAGUACAGAACGAAAGGGAGCAUCCGUCGCCUCUUGGCUCUGAGGAGUGUUACUGCGAACUUCUAGGGACUGUCAGUCGCGCAGUCGGGUCACUGCCGAAGGGGGCAUUGCUGAGUCCUGGAUCCUUUGAUAUAGUAAUAUGCUUUUCAGUUACGAAGUGGAUUCAUCUUCAUCAUGGAGACUGUGGCAUUCUGCUGCUUUUCUCGCGGCUUCACGCUCUGUUGAAGCCCGACGGAAUCCUUCUUCUCGAGCCUCAGGACUGGGCUUCGUAUCGUCGCGCAAGACGGCUAUCUUCCGACUUCAAGCAGCAGCUGCACCAUAUUCGUUUGCCUCCGAAGACGUUUACUUCCAUUCUUACCGCAAACAGUGGCAGCAGAAAAUCGCAGUGCUCGUCUUGUGUGAUCUGUGACGCGUGGUCCAACGAUGCCAAGACAGCGGCUUCAACGGAGUUGUCUGCGGUGACAGACAAGCAAUGUGAACAAUAUGAGCCGAAGUCUGAGACAGCAGAGAACGGUUGCCAGUGUGCCUGUCGCAUCGUAUCUUCUCUGAUUCCACCGUGUGAUGGAUCAUCGCAAGGUUUGUCGGCUAAAAAACCUGUCCAGCCGUUUGCUCUCAUGUGUUCAUUAAACCCGUGGACCAAUGACGUCCGAAUCAGCAAACACCAGCAAAGUGGUGCUUACGGGGGGACGAUGUGGGAUGAGUCGCGAGCUGCCGCGGACGGAAGAGCGGCGCCCCGUCCCCAUCAGUUGUCAGUGGAUGAAGUAUGCAAACAUGGUAAUGUUACUGCCAGAAAGAGCGACGAGGGGUAUUUGGAUGGUGUCUUCGAUGAUGAUCAACGGUGUUCACAGGCGCCUGCUAAUCACGUUUUCCAGAAAGGUUCAGAGGUCGUGAAAUCUGCUGAACCCAAAAUAUCAGACGCGAAAGCUGUACGCGAACCCAAGGGUAGACUUUCAGAUAGGCGUAUCCUUGUGUUACGGAAGAGCAGCAGUUGUUUCUCCGUGUGCUGCUGCACCUUGAAAAUGUUGACCAGCCGUGCUGUGGGACGUUGCGGACCCAAACCAAUCAAUUCACAAAGCCAAUCUUGA